CACUAGGAAAACAGCUGUGGCGAGCGGAGGCUAGUUAGCAUCGUUUGUUUUCGUCGCGUGAGUGUGUGUCAGCGAUUCGAGCCCUUCCGUGCGCGAAACCCCCUCGACGAGCCCCAGAGUGACCGACCGACCGACCGAGCGACCGACCCGUCGUCUGUCAUCUCUUUUCAACGAUGAAGUUCCAGUACAAAGAGGAGCACCCCUUCGAGAAAAGACGGUCCGAGGGCGAGAAGAUAAGGAAGAAGUAUCCGGACAGGGUCCCAGUUAUUGUGGAGAAAGCCCCAAAAGCCAGAAUAGGAGAUCUGGACAAGAAGAAAUACCUUGUCCCCUCCGACCUGACAGUGGGCCAGUUCUACUUCCUCAUCCGGAAAAGAAUCCACUUGCGAGCUGAGGAUGCUCUCUUCUUCUUUGUAAACAACGUCAUUCCACCCACCUCAGCUACCAUGGGACUGUUGUACCAGGAGCACCAUGAAGAGGACUUUUUCCUCUACAUUGCCUACAGUGAUGAGAGUGUGUAUGGGAACAGCCAAAGGGAAAUCUGAUCCCACUACCAUCCCCCUCCAACCACUACCCACAUUUCUGAGACCCCCACCAUUCAUUCAUUUAAAUAUUAAAUCCAGCUCAGCAGCUUUAGAGUUUCAAGAGUAAAUAUGUCAAAUGCACUUUCAUCACCCACCCUUCUCCCAUCCAUUUAAGUCUUUAUUAUUCUGCCGUCUGAAUUGUAUUUGCCUCCACUCUCUUUUCUGUAACAACCUGGGUUAGGUGGUUUCGUGGCCAGUUAUUUUUCUAGUGUCAUAAUUGAUCACAUUUAAGUGAGAAACUGCGAAAGAUUAAUGAAGUAAUAUUAGGACUAGGCCGUAAAUAUAGUUAGUCAAGGGUUAAGGGAAGAAAGCCGUAGUAUGUGAGAUCAAGUCGUCUCUUACUGACGAUGCAGAUAGUUAUUUGGUUGUUCACUUUUGUUGGCCUGUUUUUUAGUUUAGCUGAAGGAAGAUAAUGUCAUCUCUGGCAGAGUAAAGGAUGACUGUUUUGCAGCAGUUUUUUCUCGUAGAAAAAAAACCUUCAGUGACUUGGUUGAUUUAAAAAAAACAAAAAACAAAAACUCACCAGUCACUGAAGUGUGUGAAUGACAGUUUAGUGCGUUGCCCUGCAUCUGACCCUAGCAAGGAGUUUAAUAGAAUUCAGACAAAAAAAAACAAUCGCUGCUUUCAGUGGUAAAACUAUUCUUUUGACUGCUACUAUGAUUAAUGUUGUUAUUAUUGUUUAUUUUAGAUGGCUUGAUUUCUAAAGGUAUUGUAAAGCUGAGUGCAAUUUUCUCUUUUUUUAAGUAUGUCUCCUUUUUAAAAAAAAAAGAAAAAAAAGAAUUGAACUCUGUAUACAGCUGCAUUACUGGCUCUUUCUCUCUACUCAUGACCAUACUUGAUAAAAUGCGAUGAAAAGCUA